AUGCGUGCAGCUAGCACGGCCGUGAUCAGCUCGAGGCGAGGUAUCGAUACGUACUUCAAUGUGGCAAUCCGUGCCUUGGCAAAAAAUAGUUUCGUCUUGCGGUCGUCACGCGUCGCAGAUAAGGUGCAGUUUUGCCUUCGUCGCCUGACUGCUUUGGCUGAGUUGGCCCGGCAUCCGAAUCUCACCCAGUCUGGCCAGGCUCAAUAA